AUGAGUCAAAGCCAAAUAGACACGGAUGUGAUCAUCAUAGGCGCAGGCAUGUCCGGCCUCAACUUCGCCAUCCGCUUACAACAGGACUACCCAGAUGCCUCGUACCACAUCAUCGAAUCCUCGGCCGACCUGGCCGGCACAUGGUCGAUCAACACCUAUCCCGGUUGUGGCUGCGAUGUUGCCUCGCAUUUCUAUUCAUAUUCGUUCGCGCUCAAGCCCGACUGGUCGCAAAAGUUUGCGCUGCAGCGCGAGAUCCUGCAGUAUUUCCGUGACGUGGCCACCAAACACGACAUUGUCAGACAUAUCCAAUAUCAGGCCGACAUUGCCAAGGCCACUUGGGACGAGCAAUUUGGCAUCUGGGUAGUGGAAGUACUGGAUAGAAAGACGGGCACUUCACGCGUACUGAGGAGUAGAGCGGUUGUUUCGGCCGUAGGCGCAUUGUCAAUACCCCGACCAUGCGAGAUCAAAGGCACAGAGCAGUUCAGAGGAAAGCUAUUUCACUCAGCCAGGUGGGAUCAUGAGUUUGACUGGAGUGACAAGGAUGUAGUCGUAAUUGGAAACGGCUGCAGCGCAACCCAGUUCGUCCCCAUCCUUUCCAAUGGCAGCACAACAGAAAACUACACCACGACAUGCAGCCCUGCGCGCAGAGUCACACAGUUUGCACGCCAACCGCACUGGAUCGCCGAGCGUCCGAACCCGGUUUAUUCGCCACUGUUCAAGUGGACGAUGCGUUACGUCCCGCUGGCCAUGCGCCUCUACCGCUUCUUGCUGUAUGCAGACAUGGAAAAGGACUUUUUAGGCUUCUAUCUAGCUACCGGAGGCCAUAUCCGGCGGGGGUUGACCGACGAGCGCCUCGAGUAUUUGAAACGCACGGCGCCGGCCAAAUACCACGCUGCCCUGACCCCGUCAACGGAGAUUGGAUGUAAGCGCAAAGUCAACGACACGGACUACUUUGACUGCUUGCAUAAUGCAAACAUGGAACUGGUUGCGGAAGAUCCAAUCACCGAGAUCACCGAGACAGGGGUCAAGACUAAGACGGGGCGAGAAGUCAAGGCAGAUGCAAUCAUCCUGGCCAAUGGCUUUCAGACACAAAAGGUGCUGUAUCCGUUAAGUGCGGACAUUAGAGGCGAGGGCGGUGUUAGUCUUGAUGAACAUUGGAACAAACUGUCUGAUGGCCUUCCACAAGCCUACUACGGCACUUGUGUCUCCUCGUUCCCCAAUUUCUUCGUGUUGAUGGGCCCCAACACUACCACCGGCCACCUGUCCGUCAUCUACUCGACCGAAUGCCAGGUGAAUUUUAGCCUCCGCAUUCUCCAACCGGUCCUCCAGCAACCGUCGUUGGUCUCCUCGUUAAUCGGAUCAAACCCACCCACGAGCGUGGCCGUCACGCUGGCCGCCGAGCAGCGUGACAAUGCAUGGAUCCAGGAUUCGUCCAAGAAUUUAGUCUGGGCAUCCGGUUGCACCAGUUGGUACAUCGACACCAAGACACGCAAAAACACCAUGUUGUAUCCGGAUUGGCAGUUUAAUUACUGGUGGCGCAGCGUAUUCGUGCCGAAAAACAAAGAUUUCGUGUACAAGAAGAGCCCAAAGAUUGCUGCGCCCGCCAAGGGUAGAAAAUCAGGGGAGACGAACAGAACUGGGUCGUGGAAUGGCGUUGUUUUGGCUUCUAUCGUUCUCGGUGCCGCGACAGGGAUCGCCAUCGGAGGCGCAAAGAUUGGUGAUGUUGAUGAUGUUUUGGCAGACGGAUUUGGCCAGAUUAGAAGACUGACUGAGGAUGUCAUUCAGUCUGUGAAGGGUGCUCUGUAA